AAAGAUGUAGAGCUGGUUGGAAGUAUAGCUCCAAAAGACAUAGCUAUAAUCUACUGUGACGAUGAAAAUAUUUCAAUUGAUUUGGGUAAUAACCAUAAUAUAAGCAUCGCUAAGGUUGGCAGUAAUAGACCUGAAGAGCGCAAAUAUCAUUGCAAGUAUAAAAUCCAUGUAAAUGAUUAUUGCGGAACUAGAGCUAGCAAUGUGGAUAAGAAUAAUGUCCUUGGUCGAUUGUUGAUGAAACGAAUAGGCGAUA